UGAUGAGGUUUCUCAACACCUCUCUUAUCCUUGCGAUCAUCACACCCAGAUCAGUGGCUCUGUUUAGAUAAGACCCAUCAUGUGGGAGGAGAACGAUUUCAGUACGCUUGAUGUGCCCUGCCUGGACAGCUGCUUCAGUCCUUGCAAUAAUCAAGUGUACACCAUGUAUCAUGGCACUUCCAGGGCUGCGGCUCAAAGUAUACUGGUCGAAGGCUUCCGCCAGUCUCCAAAUGGCAUGCUGGGAUGUGGUGUUUAUCUCAGUCGAGAUUUACAGAAGGCCAGCAGAUACCCUUUACACCUCCCGGAGCACCAGAGAGUUGUGCUCAGAGUGAGAGUCAAUGUGGGAAAAGUGAAGAAGAUUGACUAUCAAGGUCAUCCACUGCAGAAGACUUGGCACAAUCAUGGGUACGACACCGCCUGGUGCCCCCCAGGGUGCGGCAUGGUUCAGAGUGGUCUUGAAGAAGACUGUGUGUGGGAUCCACGACGCAUCAUUUUAGACAGUAUCAUCUACCCAAAAAACUACAUCAUGUGGGCAGAAGAUGAUUUGGGUCCAGGAGUGCCAUGUCUCCAGAGCUACACCGAGCCUGUAGAUGGAAAAAUAUAUCUAAUGUAUCACGGAACCUCCAGAUUUGCUGCUCAACAAAUCAUGGCUUGUGGCUUUAGGCCAUCUGCAGACGGUAUGCUCGGGCCUGGUGUUUACCUCAGCCGGGAUCUUAAUAAGGCCAGCAGAUACCCUUUGCGUCUACCUGCACAUGAAAAAGUUGUUCUCAGAGUGAGGGUUAAUGUUGGAAGGGUCACAACAAUUAACUAUCAAUACCACCCAAUGCAGAAGACCUGGCACUAUCAUGGGUAUGACACUGCCUGGCGCCCCCCCAGUUGUGGUAUGGUUCCAUGUAGUCUUCAAGAAGUCUGUGUGUGGGUUCCAAGCCGUAUCCAGGUCACUGAUGUAGUUUAUCCAAGAAUAGAGUAUGUGAUUCCUCACAACCUUUCCUCAGUUACUUCUCUAGACUUCAUCAUGUGGGCAGAAGAUGAUUUGGGUCCAGGAGUGCCAUGUCUCCAGAGCUACACCGAGCCUGUAGAUGGAAAAAUAUAUAUAAUGUAUCAUGGAACCUCCAGAUUUGCUGCUCAACAAAUCAUGGCUUAUGGCUUUAGGCCAUCUAAAAACGGCAUGCUCGGGCCUGGUGUUUACCUCAGCCGGGAUCUUAAUAAGGCCAGCAGAUACCCACUAAAUCUACCUGAACAUGAAAAAGUUGUUCUGCGGGUGUGGGCUAAUGUUGGAAGGGUGAAAAAAAUUGACUAUCAAGGUCACCCACUGCAGAAGACCUGGCAUUGUCAUGGGUACAACACUGCCUGGUGCCCCCCAUUGUGUGGUAUGGUUCCAAGCGGUCUUGAAGAAGACUGCGUGUGGGAUCCAAGCCGUAUCCAGAUCAUUGAUGCAAUUUAUCCAAAAUUACAGUAUGUGAGUAAUGACUGUUCGUUUUUGUAUCCUUCUCUAGACUUCAUCAUGUGGGCAGAAGAUGAUUUGGGUCCAGGAGUGCCAUGUCUCCAGAGCUACACUGAGCCUGUAGAUGGAAAAAUAUAUCGAAUGUAUCAUGGAACCUCUAGAUAUGCUGCUCAACAAAUCAUGGCUUCAGGCUUUAAGCAAUCUGCUAAUGGCAUGCUCGGGCCUGGUGUUUACCUCAGCCGGGAUCUUAAUAAGGCCAGCAGAUACCCAUUGAAUCUACCUGAACAUGAAAGAGUUGUUCUCAGAGUGUGGGUUAAUGUUGGAAGGGUGAAAAAAAUUGACUAUCAAGGUCACCCACUGCAGAAGACCUGGCACUAUCAUGGGUAUGACACUGCUUGGUGCCCCCCAUUGUGUGGCAUGGUUCCAAGCGGUCUUGAAGAAGACUGCGUGUGGGAUCCAAGCCGUAUCCAGGUCAUUGAUUCAAUCUAUCCAAAACCAGUGGCUUUUGGUGGUUAUUAUGAGGAUCGUUACUAAAGUCUGUUACCAUGAGAACGUUAUAUAAAUCUUUGACUAUGUAUUGUACUUAUGGUAUGCCUUUCACUUACAUUUUGAUGGCAUAGAUGACUGUAAAUCAAUAA